CAAUGGGUAGUAGAGAAAAAGCUGUAAAGGAUCAUUCCGUCAAUUUUGUACUUUAGCUAUUUUGUGUGUGUUGGGUUUAGCUUGUUAUUAUAGUUGACCAUGCUGAAACUAAUAGGUCCAAUUACAAUGGAAAAGAAGGAGUAUAACGGGAGCAUUCCUAGUCUGGUCUUGAGGCCACAAUCAUGGACAAAGCUAUGCAACAUUAUGUUUGCAAAUUUGCCAUUUGGAACAGGUUUCUCAUAUGCAAAAAAUACUUCUUCUCAUCGAAGCGAUCGAAAGUUUGUUCACCAUGUUCAUCAAUUUAUUAGAAAGUGGUUGAUUGAUCAUCCUGAAUUUCUUUCAAAUGAAUUCUACGUUGGAGGAGAUUCAUAUGCUGGGAUUCCUAUCCCUGCUAUUGUUCAAGAAAUUUCAAAUGGAAAUGGGAAAGCUCUCCAACCAUUGAUAAAUCUCAAGGGAUAUCUACUAGGGAACCCUGUAACAACACGUAAAGAAAAAAAUGAUCGAAUCUCAUAUGCUCAUGGAAUGGGGCUCAUUUCCAAUGAACUAUAUGAGUCCUUACAACAAAAUUGUAAAGGAGAGUAUAUUGAUGUAAAUUCCAAAAAUGUGUUAUGUUUAAGAGAUCUCCAAUAUUUUGAUAAGUGUAUUUCAGGAAUUAAACGAUCGCAUAUUUUAGAUUACUAUUGUGAAGAUGAGCCGCAUGUAUGGAGGAGAUCUUUAACUCAAGAGUUUAAAGAAUCUCUUAGUUAUCAUCUCACACCGCCCGUGCCUGACUUACGUUGCCAACUUUAUAAAUUUUAUCUCAACGAAAUAUGGGCUAAUGAAGAGCGUGUUCGCAAAGCACUGCAUAUUCGGGAGGGUACUAUAGAAAAAUGGAUACGUUGUUAUCGGAAUGAUUUUGUGUUUGAUAUCACAAACAGUGUUGAAUUUCAUGUAAAUCUAAGUAAAAAAGGAUUCCGCUCUUUGAUAUAUAGUGGAGAUCAUGAUUUAGUUGUUCCUUUCUUAUCUACACAAUCAUGGAUAAAAGGUCUAAACUACUCUAUUGUGGAUGAUUGGAGGUCAUGGCUAAUUAAAGAUCAAGUAGCAGGAUAUACGAGGACUUAUUCUAAUCAAAUGACAUUUGCAACUCUAAAGGGGUCAGGACAUACAGGUCCUGAAUACACUCCUUGGGCAGGUUUUGUCAUGUUUUCUAAAUGGAUAUCUAAUACACCUUUAUAAUCCACACUUAGAUGGCAUAACUAUGAGAUGUUUAAUUUUUAAUAAUUUUGUUUUCUAAAAAUAUAUAUUUUGUAAUAUUUGAACAAUGUGUACUAAGGAAGCAAUGCAAAUAUGUAAUGUAAGUCAUGAUUUUGUAUAUGAGACAUGCUUGAUAAAAAAUUAAUUUGUAGCUUAUAAUGAUUUCUAUAAUAAAAAACUAAAAUAUAGUUAAA